UUUCAACACUACUAUAUAACAAAUAAUUUGAGGUGAUGUUCAUUUCUGAGAAUAAUACAAUGAACACAAUGAAUAACUUACCAUUUCUUGGCCUCAAUCAACAAGAAAAGAUAAAAGAUGAACUUAGAGUUCCAAGCAAAGUCAUUUGUCAUCUAAUAGGACCUGGAGCAGAGACCUUGAGGCACAUACAACAGCAAACAAAUUGCACAGUACAGAUACAACCGCCAGGGCCAGAUCCGGCACUCGACCGACCUGUUACCUUAUCAGGAACGCGGAACAGUAUUGACAUGUGCAAACAGCUCAUCCAGAGGAUCAUUUCCGAUAACCCAGUCAGCACACCUUCACCCCCUUCAGUUAACUUUCCUUCCCUCGACUUCACAGGAAAUGCGAAUGAUCUGGCCUCCCUUCAAACCCUCCUCCAGAAGACGUCCAUCUCUCAGAUCUCGAUGGAAUCAGAGGAGAUAAUGAUACCUCAAAACAAGGUGGGUCUGAUAAUUGGCAGAGGAGGAGAAUCAAUAAAAGAUCUACAAAACAAAGCAGGAUGCCGUAUGCAGAUGAUUCAGGAAGGGAUCUACGCUAAUGCCCCUGAGAAGCCCCUGAAGAUGAUCGGAUCUCCUCAGGCUAUUCUUAAAGCUAAGGAACUGGUUUACGAGUUACUCAAACCCCCAGUGACAGAAUUCGAAAAAGUGUCUAGAAAUGAGGAACUAGUUAACGAGCUACUGAAGGACGAUGUUAUUGGUAGGAUGAAUGGCUCCGCGUACGUGUCUUUGUUGAACUCUCAGAACUAUGAGGCUACACAGCACGUCCCUGUUCCUAAAGAUCUCGUCGGGAUGGUGAUAGGUAGAGACGGACAGACUAUUCGUAAGAUACAGAACGAGACAGGAGCUAAGGUGCAGUUCAAUACCGUGGAUCCUAAUGUACCGGGCGAGAGAUUCGUUCUGGUGCAGGGAACCCGCGAACAGGUUGAGCGAGCAGUGUACCAGGUUAACCAGAUCUGUGAGAAAGCUAUCUCCAAAGAGAGCCGAUUCGGACCGGGCACAAUCAUCACCGAGCUCAACAUUCCCGCCAAUAAAUGUGGCCUCGUCAUCGGAAAAGGAGGAGAGACUAUCAAGAGUUUUAUAGAGCAGUCCGGAGCACACAUAGAACUGAACAAGAACAAUCCACCUGAUGCAGUGUUGAAGGCAUUCACUGUUAGGGGUACUCAACCUCAGAUAGAACUCGCUCAACAGCUGAUUUGUCAGCGUAUCGGUAUCAACAAUGUGUACAUCUCUGGAGCCUCGUACGAUAUGAACGGACAGACGACCCAGGAUUUCGAGACAUUCCGAGCCCAGCAACUGAGAAACAACUCUCAGUUUAGCAGCGGCCAGUCCAGCAACAAGUCUAACUCAUCGAGUGGAGAGUACCAGUUCUAUCACCAGAUAGCACAGUUAAUGCAACAGCAGCAGCAGCAGAUGCAGCAUCAACAGGUCGAUAUGCAGGCGGCUCAGCAGGUCCAACAGCAACAAAACCCUCAGCCUACUGACCAACAGCUCUUCCAACUGUACACCACUAUUGCUAGUGUCUACGGUAACGACGCGGCACAGUUGUGGUGGCAGAGUUGCAAGCAGAGCCAGUCCUCCAACAACAUGCAGCAGCAACAACAACAGCAGCAGCAGCAGCAAGGGAUGUCCGGUAACAUGCAGCAACAGAGCAUGUCCGGCAUGUCCGGCAUGUCCGGCAUGUCCAGUGGAGGUAGUGAGAGGAUGGGAGGUGGACCCGGUAUGUCUAGUUCGCUGGGCAACAUGGGCGGUAUGCAGUCCGCUUUCGGGAGUCUGGGGGCUGGAUCUGGAUCUAGUCUGAACAGUGGCAUGAACAACGGUAUGAGCUCCAGUUCUAUGGGUGGCAUGUCCAGUGGAAGUGGUGUGAAUGGAGGUGGGAACCUGGGAGGUCUCUCUAAUAUAACUAGCAUGUCCAGCAUGUCCAGCAUGUCUGGCAUGUCUGGUAUGUCUGGUAUGUCUGGUAUGGGCGGCUCUGGGAUGAACUCCGGCAUGAACUCCGGAAUCAGUUCUAUGGGAUCAAUGAAUCCCGGGAUGGGCGCAGGCAUGAACUCCGGUAUGUCCGGUGGGAUGAACUCCGGAAUGUCUAGUGGCAUGAACUCUGGUAUGUCCGGUGGGAUGAACUCUGGGAUAAAUUCUCUAAGUGGACUCUCCACAUCGGGUCUGGUGAGCUCCAACUCUAGCUCUAGUCUGAACAACGUGGGACUGAAUAACCCCGGCAUGAACAACACAUCCAUGUCCGGUCUCUCCGGACUGAGUCUGCCAAUGAGCAGUGGAAACAACAGCUCCGGACUGCAGACCUCCAACUCUCUCACCAACAUGAAUAUUGCUUCCUCUCUUGCUAGCGGUAGUGUGUCCCCACUGAACAUGGGUCAACAGUCCCCGCCCAGCCAGACCAACACUACCACUCCUAACUCAUCCUAAUUCCUGACGUCAUCUUGAGAGUGAACUUGCUGGCUCCUUGCCAACCCGGCACAUGGUACCUUCCUGGCUUCCGCCAAACUUUCUGAACGCUCGUUUGUAAUAAUAAAUGAUAAGAUAUUUUGCAAAUUUGCAUCUUUGUAAUUGUUAGAAAUAUAUAGAAUAAAACGUAUAUUUUUUCUUGCCAUAACAUUUUGUUAGCUUAUUAUGAUUAGUGAUUUGUAUCGUGUGACGAGAUAUUUCUUAUCUUUUUUUCUAAGUCAUUUAUGUUAUGUUGAAUAUACAGGGUGGGCCAAAAUUAACUUGUGAUGCAGAUUAACGGUCUGAAAACAGAAUAUUUGAUAACUUCCCUUCUUGUUUCUCGGCCUCUUGAUCACAGGUUAAUUGUGGUUCGCCCUUAUUAAUAUAUAUAUCUUUCAAACAACUGGUGUCUAGCAAUAUGUAUGCGUGUUUUUAGAAAGUCAGACCUUGUUGCCCAAUGCAGUAUUAGUGAUUAUUGAAGAUAUGGGCUUAAAAUUAGCAAAAACAAGAACUACGAGGAGAAUUAGAAAUACGCUAAAAUGUCUCUUUUGUAACAAAAUUGCUAGUUGUAUUAAACGUUGUUUUGGGUUGAUCUAUUAAAGUUGAUUACGUUGAUCUCUUUUAGUUUCGUUGGUAGUCCAGUCACGUGGUAUUGUGAUGACGUCACGUGGUGUUGUGAUGACGUCACGUGGUAUUGAGUCAACUAUCCCCUCUGGAGAUAAUGGAUCUCAUUUUUGUAACUUUCAUCGUACACAUGUCUGCUAGACUCGACUAUCAACGCACCAUUGCAGUGUAAUGUUAGCCUAAAAUCUUGCUAUAGAAAAGAUAAUUGUCUCUUAAAAUGUGAUAUAAUAUAAGAUGGUA